AUGGUGUUCAUCGCAAUCUUGGCAAUAACGCCGAGGUAUUCCCAAGGGAUUGGAGGACUUCAUGUUUUUGCCCUUGUAUGGCUCUCUCUCUUUGCAUGCCUCUCUACGACAGCAAGUUGUGACUUGUAUUUGGCGCAGUCAACAAUUCCUGAGGCAGGUCUAGGUGUUUUUACUGGUAUUUCAAGAAACCCGGGUGAUAUACUUGGUGCUGGAGAUGUAUGCAUCCCAUUGCUUGAUCCCGGGACUCAUCAUGAUGAUCUUUUUGAUCCCUUCGAUGACUUUGUUUGGAUGGGGGAAGAUAUGGGCAUGAAAAUGGAAAUCGAAUCUCAAGUGAAAGCCUUCUGUCCGGGGUUGGACUGUGCUAUCAAUUGCAACUUAGCGUUGAUCAAUGUGGAGAAACAUGGCGUUGACUUCGAUGAUGCGGGACUUCAUCGAUCACAACAUCCAGGGGCAGGGGCCACUACGCCGUACUUCAACUCAACGACAAAGGUGAAAAGAAGACUCCCUGCAGGGGGAGAACUGUUCAAGGACUAUGGAGACUCGUGGUUUACAUCGAGGCAGAAGUUUGAUGGUGUGCCACUCUCUGAUGAUUUUGCCGUCGCACAGAAUCUUGUUGACACAGCGUUUAACUUGGGCGAUGCCAAUACUGACCGUCUACAUCUUCAACACCUAUUUGAAGAUAUUUUGAUUCCCAUUGGAGAAAUAUGGAACUUGACAACACUGAAGGCUCUACCGUCAUCUUUUGAUGAAGUGCUGAUUGCAAAUCGAGAAGACAUCGGAAUGACACACCAACCAAAUGCCACUCGUUCGCUCGAAUGGCUGGAAGUCAAUGGAAAGUGUAUCGACAACAUCGUUCCAGGAAGAUCCACGAUUGAUGGAGCAGGCCAUGGGGCUUUUGCUUCUCGCAACCUCCCAAAAGGCACUGUCGUCACCGGUACUCCGUUACACCACAUACCGUUUCAAGAUGAGUUCACUCCAAUGUACCGGGUUGUAACUCGUGGGCAGAAGCAGUAUCUCGACAGACGAGAAGUUGCUGGGCAACAGUUGGUCCUGAACUACUGCUUUGGUCACCCGCAGACAACUUUGUUGCUCUGUCCAUAUGGAUUCGGUGUCAACUACAUCAACCACAAUAGAUCGAAAGCGAAUGUGAGAAUAAGAUGGGCGCAGAACGGAAUCACCAGCCACGAUGAAUCUUGGCUGCUAAAGUCUCCUUCAGAAAUGCUUGCUGAGACCGGUGCUCAUUUGGCGUUGGAUUACAUUGCAACGCGAGACAUCAAACGGGGCGAGGAGCUCUUUUUCGACUAUGGUGAGGGUUGGGAGAAGGCAUGGUAUGAACACGUAAAGGAUUGGCAAUCGACCAAGUUUUGGUCCAGCAUGUACAGAAACGGUCGAGAUUGGGAUUCGGAACUACAGAAGUUGCCUUUGCGGACAACUCUUGAAGCUUUGGCAGACCCCUAUCCACAAACCAUCCAAAUUCGGUGUCAUUCCAUUCUUGAUGAGGAUGCUUGGACGAACUUCACGAGGUCAGUCUUUGAGUAUGGUUACCCAUGCGAAAUUUUGGAUCGUGUGAAAGGUGAAGAUACAGACUACAUGUAUACCGUCAAAUUGACAACGGAGCCACACAAUGAAUACGAUACCGAGUUUGAGAGCUCCGAGACGCUGGUUGUCAACAAUGUACCCCGUGACGCCAUACGCUUCGUCGACAUCCCACGUACAUCUGACAUUCAUUUGCGUGAUGCAUUUCGGCAAUUUAUUGGAUUGCCAAACGAGCUGAUGCCAGAAGCUUGGAAGAAUCUAAAGGGCAAGGCCUAG